AUGGCGCAAGCAUUGGAGCGUGUGUUGAACGCGUCCGAGUCGACGUCACGGAUGAUGCGGGAGCAGAUCGUGCGGCAGAGUCGGCUGUUGACAAGCAACACCCAUCGACUGGAGCACCAGAACGAGGAGCUGCGUGCUUCACUGGAAGAGGCACGGGCUGCCGCCGAGCACGAGCGCCGGGCCCGACAGCGGCUCAAGGCCGAGCUCCGGCAUGAGCGGCUCAAGGGUCUGUGCCGCCGCCAGCGUGACGAGAUUGCUCAGCUCCGCCAGUUGCUGGAGGCAAACAACGUUGAGGCGCCGGCUUCGACAAGCGGCGAGGAAGCCCAGCGGCUGCUCGACGAGGAGCGUGCUGUCGAGUCGGAUGAUGAAGGAAACGUGCGGCUGCGGGCCCGGAAUCAACGGCGGACGGCGUCGACAUCGUCGACGGCGGCGGCACGGAUGGCGCGCCGGGCGCAGCGGCACUCGUGGAUGAGCGGCGGGCAUGGGCUGCUUCCGCCAAUGAUGAUGGAGAUGCCGAUGGAAAUGCCGAUGAUGCGAGACGCGGUGCCGGCCUCGCUCGUUGAGAUGAUCUUGGGCGGUCGACGGAUCGAGCCGAACCGCGAUGGCCGGCUAAGGGGCAUCGAGCGGAUGCUGUCGCUGGUCCGGACGGGUCGCGGCGCCCCGCCUGCGUCCGAGGCGCAGCUUGGCGCCCUUGUCUCAGGCGAGUUUAGUGCCGAUGCCCACCCGAACGCGAGCUGCACCGUGUGUAUGGAGGUGUUCUCCGCCGGCGAGGCCGUCGAGAUCAUGACCUGCUCGCACGUCUUCCACGCUGGAUGCAUCCGGCCAUGGCUCGCGCGACACAACUCGUGUCCGCUCUGCCGGGCCGCUCUGUCUGCACCCGGCGCCAGCAGCAGCGGUGGCAACGAGGCCGGCGGCGGCAAUGACAAUGGCGAUUCAGGAGAACAAGUAGAAGAACAAAUGGCUGCCACCGACAACAAGCCCAACCUUGCCAACGAGCCCGUGCCCGAGGGUGUGGUGCACCCCACCGUGCGCCUGACUCGUGGUGAGACCGAGUUUGACGCCUUUGUCACCUCGCCGCCGGGGCUUAUCGUGAUCCAAGAGUGGUGGGGCGUGACCGAGCAGGUGAAGAAGCAGGCGCGCGACUUUGGCGAGGCGCUUGGCUUCCGCACGCUGAUCCCGGACCUGUACCGCGGCAAGAUGGGUGUGGAUGCCGAAGAGGCACACCAUCUGAUGGACAACCUCGACUGGCCAGGCGCACUGGAGGACAUCGCGGCUGCGGCGCGCCACCUCAAGGAGACUGGUGCGCCGUCCGUGGCCGUCAUGGGCUUCUGCAUGGGCGGCGCCCUCUCGCUCGCCGCCGGCGUCAAGUGCGACGACGUCGAUCGAGUCGUGUGCUUCUACGGCACGCCGCCGGACGCUCUGGCGGACGUGGCGACCAUGAACAAGCCGGUCCUCGCCCACUUUGGUGCUGACGAUAACUACCCCGGGUUCUCGGAUCCCGCCGCCGUCGACGCCCUGCGCACCAAGCUGCAGGCCUCGGGCGCGCCGUUCACCAUCCAUGUGUACGAGGGCCAGAGCCACGGGUUCAUGAACGACACCGAGUUCUUCCAGCAGCUGGCCGAGUCCCUCGGCCGCCCGCCGUUUGACCCCGCCACGUACAAGCUGGCCUUUGAUCGCUGCGUCGAGUUCCUCAAGGAGAUAAACCUGGUGGAGGGCCUGGUCGGCCGCCCGUGCCAGCACCCGCACCUGGUCCAGGUGGCACUGGCCCUGGCACUGGUGGCGUUGCCGGUGGUGGCGCUGCUGCUGGUGGCACUGCCGCUGGUGGCACUGCCGCUGGUGCUGCCGCCGGCCAACACGCCAGCUGUGGCCGCAGCUGCUCUGCCUCCAGCGCCGCCGGCGGGACGGACGCGGUCGCGUAAGCGAGUGCGCAAGCGUAAGCGCAAGCGCAAGCCCAAGACGGCCAAGACAGACGAAUCACCAUCGACAUCAUCCAGCUCGGUGGGGAGAGGGCAAGGACAGCAGCGAGGGUGGGACGAUGUGGUGGCCGCAACAGCUGCACCGGCGCCACUGGCUGGUGCUGAUACUGAGUGGCCUGACAAGUGCAACCUUCCGCUAUGGCAUCAGCAUCGGUUUGCCAUGUUCCAGGCAAAGCAGCUGUGUGGAAUGGUGGACGGCGCGCAAGAGGUCGUGGUCACCUGCACUCCCAAGCUCGUCCUCAUCCUCUCGCCCGACCUUGCUACCGUCCGCCAUCGGCUCAAAUACAUCUUUGUGACUGGAUACUCACUUGACCGCGCUCGCUCGGUCUUUGCCUUUUCGGUGGCAGACGCUGACGCCGUUUUUGAGCUUGCCACUCCGUUUGUCGAACUCCUGGCCUCCACGUUUUGUAUCUACCUCAACGCCAUCAUCCGCCGCCGCGAGGCUGCGCUGCUCAUUCUUGCACCCAACGCAGCGUCGCCAUCGUCAGAAGACAUCAAUGCGCUCCGCUCCAAGGUCAAGGGCAUGAUCAAGCAGAAGCCAGCCCUGGUUCCGGUCUCGUCGUCGACCGACGUACUGCUGGCCCCGGAGCAGCCUGGCGAGACCCAGACCGGCGACGACGCCCUUGUCCUGGCUGUGCCGUACGCAGCCAAGAAGGAGGCAUCGAGUCCGCUGCGUCGACGCGACAGCGGGUUCGACGCCGCCAUCCAGGGCGUGGCCAAGCUCCUCUCCCGUCGGCCGGCGCCAGGCGACCUUGUUCGUCGUGGUGUUGUUGCCGAGGAGGCUGCCGGCGACUGGAACCCUGUUCCGGCCUGGCUCGGGCUCCGCACCUCACCUAGCGGGCGACUGCUGACGACAAAGACCACCUCCCAGCGCAAGUCCAAGUCCAAGUCCAAGUCCAAGUCCAAGUCCAAGUCCAAAACCCGAACCGUCUCGCUCCGUUGGCCGGCGGGCGUCGACGGCAAGGUGUGGAAGCUGGAGCAGGCCGUGGUGUUUACGGCGUCGACCAAGGUCUCACUGGAAAAGGGCAACACUGAUGUGGUUGUUGUCAUCAACCACAAGGCCAUUGUGAUCCACACUGACUUUAAGGAGCGGCCGUCUGUGAUCAAGCUCCGCGAGCUUGCCUCGUGCUUCUGUUCCAGCAAGCACCACACGGUGACCAUCGAAACAAGCAGCGGCGUUAUCCACGAGCUCUACCUCCACCAGACGCUGCUCUUCCGCGACGUGCUCAACAUGGUCAUGGCGGACAUGCAGCAGCGUGGCCUGGACGUCGGCUCGGACAACAACACUCUAGCCGCGGUUGAGGCACGAAUGGCUGCGGCGCCGCACCUUGUGCGCGAGGCCACCUUUACUCGCGAGGGCAUCAAGCGGCGUCACGACCCCGAGCGGGCCAAACGGGCUGCAGGAAUCAACACCGCGCUCGCCGCACGGCCGUCGCAGGCUGAACUUGUGAAGCGCAACGUGAUCACCGCUUUUCAGGGCGCAAAAGUGCUGCGCAUCAAGGAGCGGCUGCUUGGCUCGGCGCGCGCCGCGCUGCUGAUGGACAAGCUCAUGGACGUCGAUCCCGACGACGUCAUUGCGCAGGAGCGCCGCAAGCUCGAGGCUGCGGGGCUUGUCAUCGCUGAGGUCGGCCGCGACGGACCCAACGCCGCCGACGCCGCCGACGUUGUCGAGUUCCGGCCAACCGUGGCCGUCGGGCCUGAGCUCAUGACAGCACCCGAUGACGACUCUUGGGCGUCAGGCAGUUGCAGCGAGAGCUCGAACGAAUCGGCGUCUGGGCCGGGCUCCGGCUCCAGCUCGGACUCUGGCUCGGGCUCUGGUUUGGGCUCCGGCUCGGGCUCCGGCUCGGGCUCCGGCUCCGGCUCCGGCUCUGGAUCGGGCUCGGGCUCCGGCUCGGGCUCCGGCUCUGGAUCGGGCUCUGGUUCGGGCUCGGGCUCGGGCUCGGGCUCGGGCUCGGGCUCGGGAUCAUCAUCGUCGUCGUCGUCAUCGUCGUCGUCACACGCUGAGCUGUGAAGGAUUGAGCGUGGACAAGUACCGUCACAUGAUGAUAGCGCCC